UACUUGCAACACUUUUCUCGUAACGAAAGCGUUCUGUAUCUCAUUUUAAUCAAAGAUGCAAGGAGUUCAAGACGACUUGUCUCUGUCUUUGAGUAUCACACCAGCCAAUCGAACAGUGUCACAGAAACCCCCAGUGAUGCCUCUAGGCUUGGUUGCUCCUUAUCAUCAACAAGCAUUUGACGUCAACCAUAUGUUACAGAACCAGAUGACAAGAGAACUGUGUACUCAACUAAGGAGUCUGGAGGAAAGAGCCGUCUUUUUCAUGAAACUUAAAGACAAAGCUAUCGAAGACAUGAGGAAACAUUCUGUUGAAAUGGAUAUUUGUCUUAGAAAAGCAUUAUCAGAAGCCGAAUUCUGGAGGAAAACGUCGGUUGAGAAAUCGGACUUGUGCAAAGAUCUCGCGGGAAGGCUUUUGAAAGCGAGAAAGAGAGAGAGGGCGAUGAUAGGUAUUGACGAGAAUAAUGCGGCAGAGGAGGCUGAAUCGUCCACUGGUGAAAAUGGAGAUGAUGUUUUCGACACAGCAAGGACCCGUUUGUGCAAACGUCGUCGUCUUUAAAAUUGGCGGGAUUUUUAAGCUUGUGACCUUUAUAGUCACAUGUGUUUUUUUUUGUUUUUUGUAUGGACGUUUGGUGAAAAAUAAACUGUUCUCACUUCCUAGAAUAAUUGUUAAGUUGUUAUAAAUUCAACGUUGUAUAGGGGAGAGGGAAGAUUUUGAAAAUGAGUCCAAUUAUUCUAUGGUAUA